AUGUAUCGAACUCCUCCAGUCAACAGCAAUCCGCAAGAUCAAUCGAACCUGCAAUCCAGGAACGAUGAGUCCGUUCUAGCUUCAAAUGAAAAUCGCACGGAUAAGGUAUAUGUCGCUAGUUCCCGUGGUUCAAAUGGAGCGCCCUCGUCUGAUCGACGUUCAAGUAGAAGCCGGUCUUCCAAAAUCAGCGAAGCUGAUAGCCAACUCAGAGCCCUGUUGUUGGAGGAGCAGAUUGAGGAAGAAGAACUAAAGGCUUCAAUCGAACGAGACAGGAUCCUGGCUGAAAAGCAACUGGCUGCGUUGCAGAUUCAACAAGAUCUAGCGCUGAAGACGGAACAGAGGAAAGUGGAAUUCCUAAAGCGAAAGCAUGAACGCGAAUCGAAGAAGAAUGAACUGAGGUCUGGUUCAAGUCACGACUCGAGCAUCUCCAGCAGAUCGAGUGCGUGCACCAGUACAUCGAGACGUGUUUGCAAAUGGCUGUCUGAAUCAGAUAAAAUGAAGACAGAUAAUGCAAACAUUGAGCCGUCUAACCAAUUGGCCCGACCAUUAUUUCACGAACCUGGAGCUAGAAAUCAUGUAACUGCUCCUGAGCCAGGAGUGAAUGAAAUCUUGUCUCAGGCUUUCAAGGCGUUGCAGAGUCGAAACGUAAAAGACCUGCCUUCGUUUUCUGGUGACGUAAUGGAGUGGACGAUUUUUGAGAGCGAAUUCAAAACGUCCACUGAAGAGUUUAAGCUGACCGAUCGCGAUAACCUGAGGCGGUUGAAUAAGUCGCUGCAAGGUAAAGCGCGCAAGACCGUGGAAUCAUUGCUUUCAUCUCCUGAUAAUGUACAGCAGAUCAUGAGGAUGCUGAAAUCUAACUUUGGACGCACGGAAUGGGUGGUGGCGAAUAGAUUGGAAACACUGAGAAACCUGGAGAGCAUCAAGGAGGGAAACAUCGAGUCCUUUCGUGUUUUCUACAACGCGGUGAUUGGAACCAAGGUUGCGAUGCAGAAUGUCAAGGCGGAUAAUUACUUGAUGAAUCCGGAACUCAUCUCACACCUGACUGAAAAACUGCCUGCAUUCAGCAAGCAGAUGUGGGUUCGACACAAGGCCGCUUUGAUGAAGGAAGAUGUCGUAAUCGACUUCAACAUUUUUUCUCGCUGGUUGGAGGAUGAGAUGGACAAUCAACUCGCAAGUCUAAAUCCUGUCUUCAGUGCCAAGAAAUCAAACUUCUCACUGAAGCCGAAGCAGAUUGUUCUCAACGUCAACAGUCGUGAGGCGGAAGAGACAGCGAAGUGUCCGCUAUGCUCGUCAAGAUCGCAUGCUAGUUUGGAGAAGUGCGAGCAAUUCCGCAAGUUAUCUGUUGCUCAACGUCGGUCUGCUGCUAAUUCUUGCAAGGUCUGCUACACCUGUCUGAGCGCGGAUCACACAAGAAGAAACUGUAAAUCCAAGAAGAAGUGUUCGAUCUGUGAGAAGAAUCAUCACGAACUGGUCCAUAAUGAUGAACUUCCAAUGACCACCGCGUCUCGCCGACCGGAUACUCAAGACAGUCAGAUGAACGUAUGUAACGUGAACGGUAAAAACGUCAACACACUGCUCCGAGUGGGAAAAGUGAAGAUUCGUGGUCCGAAUGCCGUCGAGGAAGUGUUUGCCCUUUUUGAUGAAGGCUCUUCUCUCUCGAUGAUGGAUGCUGCUGUAGCGACGAGGAUUGGAAUGCAAGGGCCGAUCUCUUCCGUGAAUUAUAGAUGGACUAACGGCAUUUCACACAAGGAGGAACAUUCCAUGAUGUUAUCUUUCCAAAUCUCUGGACCGUCGGAACAAGCGAAAUGGUUCGUGGCAAACAAUAUUCGCACGGUGCAGAACAUCGACUUGCCACGGGUUAAAUUUGACGUUGACAGAGUAAAGCUGUUGUACCCGAUGUUGGAUGAGGAUAAACUGGCUGCGAUACAAGAUGCUCGUCCCUGUAUGCUGAUUGGUUCGAACAACGCUGGUCUGAUUGUACCUCUGAAGACGGUGCAAUACUCACUGAACGGUUUGCAGUUGACUCGGUGCCACCUGGGUUGGACGAUUCACGGAGUAAUUGAACCGAACGCUGCUGGAUCAAACGAUCAUCAUGCUUUCCUGAUGUGUUCUGAAGACGAUGACACCGAGCUAACGGAUCUGGUGAAGCAGAUGUACAAGGUGGAAGACUUUGGCAUCACUGGUCAGUCCCCGAAGAUACCAGACGAAGAUCAACGUGCACUGGAUAUAAUGAACCGUACAAUCACGCGACGAGGAGAACGCUUUGAGGUAGGACAGAUCUACAAGUACAAUAACUUCGCAUUUCCGGAUAGCAAGCCACAUGCACUGCGUCGACUUCAAAUCACCGAGAAGAAGAUGGAUUCCGAUCCUGAUUUCGCUGAGAAAUACUGUAGUAAGAUCCAGGACUACGUGGAGAAGGGAUAUGCUCGAAAACUGGAGCCUGAAGAACUUGCUGAAACACCGAACACCUGGUAUUUGCCUCACUUCAGCGUGGUAACUGCCGAUAAGUUCCGAUUGGUUAUGGACGCCAAGGCCAAAUCUCACGGAUUUUCGUUGAACGAUCUGCUACUGAAAGGUCCUGAUUUCGUUCCCGCAUUGAUUGCGAUUCUGAUGCGCGCUAGGAAGAAGAAGAUUGCUUUUGUGGCAGACAUUAUAGAGAUGUUCCAUCAAGUCAUCAUUCGUAGAUUGGAUCAGGACUCCCAGCGUUUCUUCUUCCGUGGUAUGGAUCGCUCUAGCCCCCCCAGCGUAUACAUUAUGAUGGUGAUGAUAUUUGGCGCUGUGUCUUCUCCUUCGAUGGCACAAUUCAUCAAAAACUUCAAUGCAAUGGAACUGGAAGAAAAGUACCCUGGCGUUGAACGAGCUGUGCUGGAACAACACUACGUCGAUGACUAUUUUGAUUGCGUGGACACGGAGGAAGAAGCCAUUGAACUGGUGCAGCGAGUGGUGAAGGCACAUGAUCACGGAGGAUUCAAACUGGUGAAAUUUGCAUCGAACUCUGAAACUCUUCUGGAUUCGCUUGACCCUUCUUUAGUAGCCGAGAAGAAAGGAAGUGACACUCGUGUACUCGGUAUCAGGUGGGAUCUUCUUUCAGAUGAAUUUGUGUUCCCGUUGGAUUUUCCAAAACUGGAUGAGAACUUCCGUACUGGUGGCACGGUGCCUACCAAACGGCAGCUGCUGAAGUUUAUGAUGAGCAUCUUCGAUCCAUUGUGUUUACUCAGUCCGAUUACGAUACACCUGAAGAUUAUGUUCCAAGAACUGUGGCGGUUGCAAUCCGGAUGGGACGACGAAAUUCCUGAUAGCCUGGUCCCGAAAUGGAUGGAGUGGUUGAGCGAAACUGCUAAGCUGGAAGAAAUACGUGUUGCGAGGUGCUACUUCCCGGAGGUAUCGUCCUUUGCCGAUGCUGAGCUGCAUGCUUUCUGUGACGCAAGCGAUAAGGCUUUUGCAUGUGUGAUUUACAUGGUUCAUCGUCGAAACGGUAAGUCACACGUUGCAUUGGUGUAUGCCAAGGCAAGAGUUGCUCCACUGAAAUCAUCGACGGUACCACGACUUGAACUUCAAGGGUGUGUUCUUGCAAGUCAAAUGAUGAAGGUAGUUCAAGACGAACUAAAAAUAGAAGUGAAUAUGCAGUACUUCUGGACCGAUUCUAAAAUCUGCUUGAGUUGGUUGAAGACGAGUCAGAAGCUCACGGCAUAUGUUGGUUCUCGUGUCAUGAAAAUUAAGGAGAAUGAUCAUGGAGUUGAUCUGUGGCAUUGGGUUCCAUCACAGCUGAACGUAGCUGAUUUGGCUACGAAGUCCUCCAAGUUUGGUUGUAUGCAGGAAUGGUUGAAAGGUGCUGACUUUCUGUAUCGGGAUAGUGUCCAUUGGCCGAACAAUGAACCGCUAGAGAUGUCCUCGUCUGAGUUGAUAAAUUUCCAUAUGGAAGUGAUUGCUGACGUUUCCGUGGAUCCGAUGUGUUGUACCGUGGUUGAAGUUGAGUUAGUUGACCUUCCCGAUAUUGAGAGGUUCUCUGAUUUCAAUCGCUUGAUUAGAUCUACUGCGUACUACCUGAAAAUGCGAAAGAUUUUAGCACUGCCAAAGUGUAAAAAGCCUAGAUAUUUGACAAUCUCCGUGAACGACAUGGAUGAAGCUAAGAGUGCCUGGUACAGGAAGGUACAGUCGCAAAUUUUCUGUGAAGAGUUGCGCAGUCUGAAGCAGACCGGAUUCGUGAAAAGCAAUAGUCGUUUGAAAACAUAUUCGCCGUUUCUGGAAAACGGAAUCAUCCGUAUGCGAGGUCGUGUGCAGGAUGAUGGAAAGUCGUUUGAAGUGAACAAUCCUGUGAUUCUUCCUGACAACCACCAGUUUUCAACUCUACUGAUUCGUAUGUACCAUAUCGCCAACGCACAUCAAGGAAUGGAAACCGUUGUUAACAAUAUCAAGGAACGGCACCGUAUCCUGAAGAUUCGCUCACAGGUAAAGAAGUACACGAUGUCCUGUGUCAAGUGUCGUGAGCUUAGAGCAAAACCGACCGUUCCGCAAAUGGGAAACCUACCACCGGAAAGAACAACCCCGUUCGUGUUCCCGUUUACAUACACGGGCAGCUGCAUAAUGGCCAUCCGCUGCUUCAUGUCCAUCCGUGGCUUACCACAGUGCAUCAUGACCGACAACGGUACCAACUUUACUGGUGCAGAUGCUGAACUGAAGAAACUGGUGAGAACUCUGGAUCAGCCGCAGAUUGAAGAUUCGCUGAGCGUCAGAGGUGUUAAGUGGAAGUUUAUUCCACCUGGUGCUCCUCAUUUCGGAGGUUGCUGGGAACGUUUAGUACGCUCUGUGAAGACUGCCCUUCGUGCAAUGUUACGGGAUAGGCACCCUACGGACUUGGUGCUGCGUACUGCUUUAUGCGAGGCAAUGAACACCGUAAACAACAGACCUUUGACACACGUUCCGGAUGACCCCCUGGACCCUGAACCGAUAACUCCAAACAUGUUGCUGCUUGGCCGAAACAAUUCAAUCCAGUUCGACCAUAAUUUUGAUGAACGAGAUCUUAACUGUCGUGCUGCCUACAAGCAUUCUCAGAUUUACGCGGAUCGUUUCUGGCGCAGGUGGAUAGCCUCGUUCCGUCCGGAGUUGAUCAGAAGCCGCAAGUGGCCGGACAGCAGGAAUUACCACGAUUAUCACGUCGGUGAUCUAGUGAUGAUAGUGGACGAAUCGCUACACCGAGGAAGCUGGCCGAAAGGAGUUGUAGAGAAGAUCUACCAAGGACCGGAUGGAAAGGUGAGAACAGUUGCAGUGCGGACUUCAAAGUCGACCUACAAAAGACCUGUAAGCAAGGUUGUGCUGCUCCAGGCAAUCAGCUCGGUUCCUGGCCCGGAGAAUGUUGCUAACACUGCCAGUCCGAACUUUUCUACUCGGGUAUCGCAGUCGUCGCGCCGUCAACCGUCAGGCCACCCCUGA